AUGCUUGAAUCUCCGUAUCCUUCAACUCAAGGUCGUAAAGCUAUUCGUACGUUAACUGCCCCAUUAUUUUUUAAUAAUCCUGAAAAUAUAUGUGCUACAAAUAAAGAUCUGUUGCGAUAUUGUUUGGAUUCACCAACUACAACAUCUCAGCCAAAUCUGAAUGGUCGAGUAUCGAGGUCAGAUAUAAGCUCUAGUAGUGAUCAUAUUGGUCGUAAAUUAUCUGUAAAUGGAGUACAUGAACUUAGAGAUCGAUCCCUUCCUGGUACAAUUUCAAAACAAGAAGUUCAUUCGGUUUAUAGUUUACAUCAACAUCGUAAAAACACAUAUAUUCAAAUUCGAGAUCCUAUAAAUAAUGAAAAUCGAUCACCAUCAAGGCAAACACGAAGAAGAGAAGUUAUACAUUGUUGGAGUCGAGAAAGAAUUACAAGAAGUGAAACUAUCUUAAGUAUACGUCCACCUUCAUCAAAACAAACUGAAAGGAAUAUAGAAAGUAAUAAUUUAUGCAAAUCCCGGCUUACUGCUUCAACAUCGGCCUUUAAUAAUUCUUCUUUCUUGCCCAUAAUAAAUAAAAGUGAAAGUUUUUCAUCACUACCGACUGCAAUACGUCAUAUUCCUAUUCAAUUAGCUGAUAAUCAUCUAGCCCAUACACAAUCAAUAACCAAUGAUGCAUUAAAAUCAAUUCCAAUUUCUAAUCAAUUUCCUGAAAUUAAAAGACAGAUUUCAAAUAAAAUACAAAAACUUUCUUUCUCCUAUAUUGAAUAUUCAGAGUACAUAGACAAUUCUACACAAAUAUCAAAUAAUCAUGAAUCUCCAAUAGAACAGAAUUCAAUGAUUACAGAAAAUCUAUUGCCAACUACAGAAAUUAAUCAUGAUAAUGAUAUGAAUAGUCAAAAUAUUGAAUUGAAUGAGAUAAUUAAAAGACAAAUCGAUGAAUUUCAGAAUGACAGUAAAAUGAUGCAAGUCAAUGAAAAUAUAAUCGAUUCAGUUCCUUCUUGUAAUAAUAAUAGUAAUAAUGAUGAUAACGUUAACAGUUAUAAUAACAACAAUAAUGGUGAUGACGAUGAUGAAAACAGUUCAACUAGUCGCUAUAGUACUGCAGAAUCAUCACCAUGUGAAGAUUUUGAACCAAAUAUUCAUAAGGUUAAUAAAAUAAAAAACUACAAUACUGAUAAUCAAAAUAAUAAAAUUAUCGGUGAUAAGAUUGAUAAGUUAAAACAAAACAAAAAUUUGAAAGAAAAACUAACGAAUUCAACAAUGAAUAAUCAAAGUGUAGCAUUGGAAUUUCGAACAAUUGUUCAACGAGAUGAAUAUGGUUAUGGAUUUCGAGUUUGUGGAAAUAAACCAGUAUCAGUACAUAAUGUUCGGAAAGAUGGUAAUGCAGAGAAAGCUGGUCUCAAGGCUGGAGAUCAAAUUAUUGAAGUGAAUGGUAUUCUGGCCAUUGAUCUCAAUCAUGAAGAUGUCGUCGAGCAGAUUCGCUCGCGAAACCAAGUCUCUUUAAGACUCAGAAGAUUACGUUAUCAAGUGGUUGAUGGUUUAACUGGAUAUCGAGUAGGCUCGAUGAGAAAUUUAACUUGUAAUGAAGCUCCAAUUCUCAGGUCACAACAACGUCAUCAUUAUCAAAAACGUCGUUCAGUCCGAGAGUCUUCAUCAACAGGAAAUACAGCAUCUGCUGUAGUUAGACGAAGACCUCGUCUUGGAACGCAAACGUUCAAAAUAGCUCGAAGUUGUUCACCGCCUCCAUUAGCGUCAGUCGAUUCAAUGAACGAUUCAAUGGGUCCACAUACAGAUGAAGAUAUCGAUUGGAGAAAAGAAGAAGAGACUAACUUAGAACCUAACCCCGAUUUAUCUCCCCAAAUACCUCCAUCCAAUGCAGCUAGCUUACCUCCCACAUCCAGAAUGGUUCGACCUCGUUCUAGUAUUGGUCCCAGUGAUCGUACCAGUAAAGAAAGACCUGUUAGUUCAGGACCUGAUAUGUUUGGCCUCUUCAAAAGAGGCUCAGUCAAGGAUGUAAAUCAUCCAGAAUGUCUGAAGGAGGAAGAUAGUCCUAUGGAUGGAUCAUCUCGUGAUACUACAACUGCGAAUAAUAAGAAUAGCAGUAAUGGGAGUAAUAGUAGUAACAGUAGUAGUUCUAAAUCGUUAUCUCGAAUGUCUUUUCCUGGCCAUUCUAAAUCUAAUGGUACAUCAAAUAAGAAAACUACCGGUAAUCUCAAGGAUCAGUCAACGUUUUCUAGUAGUACACCACCUCUUGGCCAUGUAAUGGGUAGGAAUUUCGACGAUGAAGGUGAAAGUGAUCUUAGUAAUGCAAAUGAUCUUGCUCACUUAUCGUCAGAAUUCGACAGCGCAACGUCAGUAUUGAAUAGCCCGGCUAAGUGCGCUAUGUUUAUUGAUUACUUGUUUUCUCAUAAAAGAGAUCCUACAUGGACGCUUUUCCACAUUGUCAACCAAUACUUUCAACAAUCAAUGGCUUCAUCAAAAGAAUUGUUUAAGGAUGAAAAACGUGUUUGUCUGGAGAUAUUUACAACGUUUCUACAUGAGAAGUCUCCCUUGCGCUUAGAUGUACGAACUCCCAUUGUGUUGAAGUCAUUUGAUUUUAAUGAAUGCUCAAAGUUGUUCAAUUUUAUUGAUCAGCAGUGUUUGAAUCAGAUUGAAGUACAAGUUUCUAAAUUAGCUGAGGCAAUUAAUCUGGGUAUGGAUACAUGGUGUCUUUCUGAGCCAAUUGAUUUCGUUCUGUUUCGUAAUAAAGAAGAAGAAUUAGCAUGUUUCGAAUCGCGUCUAAGUAGUUACCUUGAUGCGUUGCAUCAACUGUCUACCGGAAGUUGUAUAGAUAAUCCAAUUGCUCUUAGCAUAUGUCGAUUGCCAAACACAUCUGGAUCAGUUACAUAUGAUCAAAUCACCCAGGCAAUUACUACUUGUUUGGUUACAGCUCACCGGCAUUAUUCCAUGUCUCAGAUAUCAAGUGCAGAUUAUCCUGAAACUAGAGAUUCUGGACAUUCUAUUAGACAUAGUCUUUUUGCAAGGUCUUUUGAAAAUUUAACUACAUCAGCAUUGGGUUUAGGUAGUGUAUCAGGUAGCAUUGGAAGUGGACUGUCAUCUGCUGGUUCACAUUUAUGGACAAAAUUAACUCCAUAUUGUGCUAAAUCAAAACAAAAAUCGCAUUCUUUGCUCAAUCGUAAAAGUAAAUGGUCUCACAAAGGUCACUCAUUUUAUGAGUACACUUACGAACGUAUCGCUGAUUGUGGUGUGUGUGGAUUUCUAUUAUGGGGACUCAGUUCACAAGGUUUCAGUUGUAAUAAUUGUGAUCUAUUUAUACAUUUAAAAUGUAAAAACGGUAUUCGAGAUCAUUGUAGUAGAGAAGGACGUAGAACAACUGGCGUUGCGUCUGCAAAUGUUUUAAGCGGCAUACUUGGUAGUAUACCGAAUCUAACAAUGGAUACACCGAACCAAACGAAUGAAUCAUGUAAUAAAGUACCCUUAAAUUCCAAUCAAAUUGGUUCGAAUGAUCUUAUUCAUCACUCUAACUCAGUUGAUAAUCCACACGACGUUGUUGCAUCACUAGACGAGACAAUUAAUUCAUCUUGUCAAGAUAGUUCUGGGUUGAAUGAAACUUCUUCAAUAUCAGGCAGCGGGGGUGGUGACACAUCUAUCAACUUCCCUUCGCCAGGAUUAUCUAAACGUGAUUCUAUUUCAUCAAUGUCAGUUGGAUCCACAUGUCAAACUCCUGUUGAUUCUUAUUUACAAUCUGGUAUUGGUCAAACAGACAAAAUUAAAUCGAAUGGAGAGGAAUUUGGGAUUAUGGGAAAUGAUUCGCGUUAUGUAAAACAAAUGAAAAAUCUAUACGAAGGAAGUGAAAUAAUUCAAGAAACAAUUCCAACGUCUCGAAGUGAUAGUGUCGUUUCGAAUAUUUCCUUAAAUCUACCUGCACCAAGUAGCACAACAGGUCCUUGUGAUCGUCCAGUCGAAACAUCACCACCAGCUUCAUCAUCGUUAAGUAGUCCUGUAUCAAAUAUCAAUGAGACUGUACGUGAAUUAGUUACUACAGAUUGGAGUGAUGAUCCAGAAAUGAUUGCAGGAGCAAGUUUUGAAGCAGCAGUGGAACUUCGAGCUCAAUUUCCUAAUUUUCAAAUGCCUAGUAAAGGUCAAAAAAGUGAAGAAUAUGUUCGUACACUAGUCCUAUUGGAAUUUCAUCAAAAAACUCAAUAUAUGGUUCGUCAUUUGAAACAAUACGAGUAUUUAUUAUUACGUCGUUGGCCUGUGGAACAUGCGAAAUUGUCUAAAAUUUUAUGCCUUGAUCAGAUUCCUAUAUUGAUUAAUCUUUUUCGUAGUCUUGUUACUUGUAUUGAUCAAACAAAAACCGAACAAGGUUAUCGUGGUAUGGCUGAAGCUGUUCUAGCCUGGUUAACUGAUAAUUCAUCGACUAAUUUAAAAACAUGGGCCCGUCAUUGUCAAGCUCUUUCAUGUUCAAAUAUGUUGGAAAGUGUUCGACAUUCUGUUCGUGAUUAUGUGCGCCGACAUCCAGAUAUUGUACCUUUAUUACAAACUCGGCAUAAUAAGUUUGUGUUAAUUGAAGGUUUAAAACAGAUGCGAAUUCUUUACUUUAAUUUACCUUUAAUUGCAAAUAAUAUUGCAAAAGAUUUGGAAAAAAGAACUAAAAUAUACAAAGCUGAAGCUAAAAUUUGGCAACAAAUUCAACUGAAGUUGGCCAGUUUGCCACAAACUAUCGAUAAUGUUUGUAUGCCUCUCGUUAAACGAAUUAAUCUUGGUCAGCUAUGCACUAGUUUGGAUAAAAAAGAUAUUUUGUCUAAACCGCUUCCGGAUUUAUUAUUACCAUUCCAGCAUUUACUUUUAAACUUUCCUCGUGUAUUAUUUCAUCAUUGGGUUGUUGCACAUGCUGAAGUAACAGUUGAUAAAUUAACGGCUAAUCGAUCAAAUAAAGUAAAUCAUGAUUAUAUUUGUGAACGAACUGAAAUGUUGGCUAUUUUGUUGCACAAUGCACUUAUUUUAAUGGUGAAGGACGGUGAACGUUACAUUUUACGUAGUUUUAAAGCUGUACGUGAACAAGGUGGUGGCAGCGGUAGUAGCGGAAUCUCUAGUACUUCUGCUUCUAACAGUAGUGCUGUUGAACGUCUUUCCAGUUUCGGAACACCUUGUACAACUAGUGAAAAAGACCGACCCAACUCAGGCAAUAUUUCUGGUUAUUCUUCUAUCUCUUCAUGUAGUUCUCUUAGUUCUUUGCCUGGUUCAAAUACUCAAUCACAUACAAGCCUUGUUUCAGCAGCAGCUAGUGCUGCAGUCGCCAGUAUGACUGAUCGUUCGUCGACGUCGUUGGGAAGUUCAAAACUUGUUCCUAUAUUCCCAUUGAUAGAUGUGUUUACUUCGUGUGGUGAAAAAUUUGGUGGUGAUCAUCUAUUAAAUAUUGUCUUUAUGAAGCAAACAGUUUUGAUCCGGUUAUUGUUUUCAAAAGAAGAUGAAAGGCAAAAUUGGUCAGCUUAUAUUCAAGAAAAUAGUGUGACUACACAAAGUAUUGAUCGACAACGUGUGUUGAAACCAAGUGCUUCCGCCGCUGCCGCCUCUUCAUCACCAUCAUCAUCUACUCAAAACAGGUCGACGAUCAGUAUAACUUCUGAAUCGCUUAUUCCUAAAGCCUCAGGUAACACACCUACAGCUGAUGAAGUUUCAGUUAUUACUCCUCAACCAUCAACUCAAGAUUUGAAAACUUCAUUCGGUAAACUUCCUACUACAUCACCAACUACUACAAAUAAUGAUAAAACUACCUACCCAUCAGAUAUUAGCAGAUUUGAUCUAAUUUCUUCCGGAGAGGAAUCUACUGUAUUUGUUGAUAAAUUACAAACUGCUAUGAAUGAACUAUUAGAACAAACACGACAAAUUAUUUGUGAAAAAUAUAAUAUAUCUAAAGAAGAAUUAGCCAAUGCAAUGAAUGAGAACGAUGACGUAGAUGAUACCUUGAACCCUGGAAAAAUCCUGUUGUUCCAGAUAAAAUAUUUUGCAAAAUGUUACAAUUUAAUAACUCGAACUCUUGUUCCACAACCUUCAACAUCUUUUCUAAAUCAAAUACAAGAUCAUCUUGAAUCUAUAGACGAUAAAGGUCAUCAUGAGCUCGAAAUAUUAAUGCGGCAGAAGAAAAGGCAAAGCUCAUUGUCAUGGACAGAAGGUUAUCUAGAGUCACUUAGCCGGAAUCCUGUACUAAAUGUAGGAAGGAAUAAAGUAAUUGGUAGUACUGAAUCUGAAAGAUCUCGGUUUAAUGUUAUCGAUGCUCUACCAGAUGACUCCAAAGCUAUACAAUCUUCACCAAACCUAGUCGGUUCAGAUAGUGAACGUAGUCGUAUCGAGAUUCAAGACAAGCGAACAUCUAAACGCCGAUCAAGGAAGUCUGAAGCAGGUCCUGUUUCAAAUUUAGAUUUUACUUUCUUUGAUAACUUAUUGAAUAAGGAAUUGAUUACAAUGGCUCCAGUAUUUGCAAAAUCUGUCAUGUGUUUGUGCAAGUUAACUCAUCACGACCUAUCGCCGAAUAAUUUAUUAAAAGAAUCUACUAGUUCAAGAAAACGUUUAUCAAGACCGUCUAUUCAAAUCGAUUCUCAAAUUCAUUGGACUAAAACUGGCGAUAUUGAAUGUCCGGUCAGUGGGAGCACCGAAGAAAUUGAAGAUGAAGAAGUUAGAACAUUGGCGAAUUCUAUCAUCGAUUUGUCUUGUUCACAAACAACUGACACGUUAAGGUUGGACACACUUUCCACUGAACAAUCGGAUGCAAUACAUAGUGGAUUUGAUUUAUCUGCAGACAAUUCAGAUCAAGAUUUGAAUUCGGUCGCUGCACAACUUGUAUCUGAUGUGUUGGAAAAUGCCAAAAACUAUUUCUCAAAUCAUAUCACAAAAUCUAAUGAUGCAGAACAGAAAACAGUGAAUGUUAUUCGCGACAGCGGAUGUGCACCAUCUGCCACAGAUGAAGAUGAAGAUUAUUAUUAUGAAGAAGAAAUUGAUGAUGAUGUUGAUGAUGAUCACGUGAAUAACGAUGAAACAGUCAAAGAAAUAACAGAAAAUCAUAACGAUAUCUUAACAUCAUCUGGAACUAUUUCCACUUCAGACACUUCAACUCCUAAAUUUGUAGGUGUUGCUUCUAUUUUCGAUGAUGCUUCAUUGGAACAAAGCAAUCAGUUGGAUAAGACAUCGUCUAUACACGAUGAUUUACUCAUUGAUAGUGAUGUUAUUGAUGUUGUAGCACCGUGUCCCGCUAUUUUUAUGUCUGGAACUACCACUUCUAUUGAUCCUUCUACUAUUAUUACAACAACAACAAAUAUUAUUACUGACAAUAAUACUACAAUAACAACAAAUAUCGGUCGUAAUGACUCUCAGAAGUCAACCACUUCAAGUGGAUAUGUCGACUCUAGUGAUGAUUAA